AUACGUCAUUAAAGCUUGCCAAAACACCAGAACAUUUUGUAAAUAACUGUUUGACCAUCUUUCUAAACGAGCGAGUGUAUCUAACGGCAAUCAACAUGUCUCUACUAAGCGUCUGCGCUUCUGCAUCGAAACGUCUUGUGACCCAAGGGUUAUUCGUGGAAUCUGCUUUUACAGGAUACUUGCGGACAGCCAGUGGAGCAGUGAAGGACAAGGAGCCACUGCGCAAGGCCAAAACCCCCCAGGGCCGCUUCGACAUGAAUGAUGAGAAGACCAAGGAUCCCCUUGAAAAGUUCCCUGAUGAUGUGAACCCAGCCACAAAGGAGCAGGGGGGGCCACGGGGCCCAGAGCCCACACGCUACGGGGACUGGGAGAGGAAGGGCCGCUGUGUCGACUUCUAGUUUCAAUACCUGGUAUAUUACACAUGCGAUGUGGACAUACCUUAGCUAUAACUUAUGUAUCUAUAUCUUUGGACUGUCGUGCAAGAGACCAGGAACGGUCCACCAUACGGAAUCAGGCUUAAUAAUUAUUUCCCCCCCGAACGACACAAUCUGAUGACCGUUCAACAGACUCCAUGUGUAUGAAUUUGAAAAACAGUCUCUCUUAUAUUGUGUUCCUUUGUUGAAAUGUAUGAUGAUGACGUAGUGAAUGCUUGUCAUGGUUAUUGCUUCCUGUACAGAAAUUUGAAUGUUGUGAAUAAAAUAAAACAUUUCUGGAAAAUA